CGUUUACACGGUAGCUUUAGCCCUGCUAGCGAGAAAAACGCCAUCUUAAGUUGACGGGGGGUUUAAACGGAGUGAAAACAGGGAGACAGGCACUGAGGAGGUGAACCUGUUAUUUUUUUUAUGAUUAAAAUUAUCUGAGUCACCCGGACUAGUGUUAGUCAUGGUUUGAAGGCCUGAAUAAACGCAAAAGGAAAAAGGGCGAGAAAGUGAGGAAAUCAGCAAGAUACUAGCUACCCAUUUAGCUACCUAGCGAACAGGCAAGGGGGAGGGCCGGGGUAGUUGAGGAUUUUUUUUUUUUUUCGGGUGAAGCUGAAGUUUUUGUUUAUGUUAUUCCACGCGGAGAUGUCUUCUUCAAAUGCAGAGUUACAAGACCCAGAUCUGGGUAUGGGGGCCAGUGGGACCCAAACAAGUGGUGGGGCUGUUGUACCAAAAGGGAGCAACAAAAGACGAGCUGCGCCAGACUUUGAUGAUGUUGAUGGAGACAAGAUAAGCAGGUUUGACGAUGACACAGGAGGCUCCAGCAAUGAUAAAGAGCGCUUUGCCAGGUUAACUGAAGGGUCUUUCUCUUUCGGCACUUGCUCUCUUUUAUCACACAAACUGGCCUUGGAAGACCAAACUCUUUUGCUUUCUCACGUUCAUUUUUUAAAUUUCUUUUUAGAUCAUUGACUUCACAUUAUUGUUUGAUACGUUCAUUACACGUUUCACCUUCUUGCACUCCCACUUCUUCUUCCUGAUUGGCAUCUUUACAUUGCGACAUAAACUCUAAACUAUACUCGUUGUCCACCCGCCCAUCUGUUUCCCCCUUCUCGAUCCCUCCUCUCCACCUCUGUCUCAUUCAUUUCCUCACUCCAGGGAGAACCACAGUGAGAUUGAAAGGCGGAGGCGUAAUAAGAUGACUGCUUACAUCACAGAAUUAUCUGACAUGGUACCCACCUGCAGUGCACUAGCGCGGAAACCAGACAAACUAACCAUCCUGCGAAUGGCAGUUUCUCAUAUGAAGUCACUUAGAGGAAGCGGCAAUACCAAUGCAGAUGGGUCGUACAAACCUUCAUUUCUCACCGACCAGGAGCUUAAGCAUCUUAUUCUGGAGGCUGCUGAUGGCUUCCUGUUUGUGGUGUCAUGCGAGACGGGGCGCAUUGUUUAUGUCUCUGACUCCCUGACCCCAGUCCUCAACCAGUCACAGUCUGACUGGCUCGGAUCCUCCCUGUAUGAUCAGCUCCACCCAGACGACAAAGACAAGCUUCAGGAGCAGCUCUCCACUGCAGAGAAUAACAACACAGGGAGGAUGUUGGACUUAAAGACAGGAACAGUGAAGAAGGAAAGUCAGCAGUCAUCAGCGAGGAUGAGUAUGGGAGCUCGUCGAUCAUUCAUCUGCAGAAUGAGGUGUGGCACGUGUCCAGUGGAACCAAUGUCAAUGAACAGACUGCAGUUUCUUAGGAACAGAAACAGAAAUGGUUUGGGUGCAGCCAAGGAAGGGGAACCACAGUAUGUAGUGGUGCACUGCACAGGAUACAUCAAGUCCUGGCCCCCUGCAGGAGUAUCAUUAACAGAUGAUGAAGCAGACAAUACUCAGGGGAGUCGCUACUGUCUAGUUGCUAUUGGGAGAUUGCAGGUUACUUGUUGUCCUGGUGACACAGAUGUGAACAGUAUCAGUGUUCCUGUGGAGUUCAUCUCCCGACACAACUGUCAGGGCAUGUUCACUUUUGUAGAUCAUCGCUGCUUGCCCGCUGUUGGAUAUCAACCCCAGGAUUUAUUGGGGAAGAGUAUCCUAGACUUCGCCCACCCUGAAGACCAGGGCUUACUAAGAGACAGCUUUCAACAGGUGGUUAAGCUGAAGGGUCAGGUUCUGUCAGUGAUGUUUCGAUUCCGCACCAAGUCGAGAGAAUUUAUCUGGAUGCGAACCAGCUCCUUCACUUUCCAGAACCCGUUCUCGGAGGAGAUCGAGUACAUCAUCUGCACCAAUGUCAAUGUCAAUAGAAACUCAGCUCAGGACCCCCUCACUCCCAUCUCCUCCCCUGGGGCUUCGAUGCCCCCUUCCCUGGGUCAGAGCAGCCCAAGUGGUCCUCCUGUAGUGCUCAGUCCGGGCCAGAUGGCCACCAGACAGCUACAACAACAGCAGGCUGACCUGGAAGGACGAGAUGGUCCAUAUGAACCAGGAUCAAUGACCCACCCACAGAUGCAGGUGCAGCCAGUCACUGCAGCAGGGCCAGACCACAGCAAGAGCAUUGAGAAACCAGAACUCUACCCUUCGCUUUUCCAAGGGCAAGAUCAGACCAAAGGCCUUCCUUCCUCCACCCCUACUCCAUCCACCCAGAUCUACGCCCCAAACAACAACUUUGCUGCUGGUCGUUCCAGCGAUGCAUACAGACCAGUCAAUAUGAAUCCACAGAUACCGCAGCCCACCCACUCAGCCUCAGCAGGACAGAUCUUGGCUCAGAUUUCUCGUCAGAACGUAGCCCCACAGCAAGUUAACCAAUCCAGUACGACAAGCCCCCUCCAUGGAGGCCCAACAGGCGGGUGGCCUGGGGCUGGACCUGCAGCCAGACCGCAAUUUAAUAACCAGCAGGUGGCUCCCCAGGCGGCAAAGACCAUGUCGCCACAAUUUACUCCCAUGGGAGGGUUUGUAGGCGGCCCUACCAACACUUUUGGCCAGAUGCCAACAGGUGCUGCUCCCAUGCCUACAGGUGCUGCUCCCACUGUCACCAGCGGCACAAACUACUCGCAAAUGAAUGCUCGUGCAAGCCUCAACAACAACGGUUUUGAUGGCUCUCAGUCUGGGGCACAGUUCCCUCCUCGAGCAGCAGAGGCAGUGUGGCCCCAGUGGCAAGGCCAGCAGCAUUCACAGAGUAAUUCAGAGCAGGGCAACCAGCAAGACAUCUUUCCUGAUGUGUUGUCUAUGUUGGACCAGCCUGCCAACUUCAGCAACGAGGACUUUGAGAUUCCUAUGUACACGCCAUUUAACGAGUGACCUGGAAAUACUUCUGUCGUCUUGCCUAAAUCACGGUUUCUUAUAUUUAGCUCUUCUCCUCGUCUGUUCUUUCUGCUCUUCCCCUUCUUUGCAUGGCUUCAACUGCACAGCUACAAGACAGUUAAGGAUGGAGGGAUAAAGUUGAAUGCAGGGGAAUGGGAGAAAAAUCAAGAAUUUGCUACUGACUAAAAGAUUAUUUUAACAAUAUACCGCCAUUGUAAGAGAAUUUUCUAGCUAGCACUGCCCAAAGCUCAACAACCCAUGUUGUAGAUAUGUGAUAUACAGUAUAUAUGUUCAUAUAUAUAUAUAUAUAUAUAUAUAUAAAUAUAAAAACGCACAAUCCCACAACCACACUUGAAUAGACUGCACAAAACACCCUCCUAACUCUGGUAAAUGGAAAUGAAAACGGAAGUAAACACACACUUGCACACAAAGGCCUUUUAUUCUAAUAUAUUCAUGUUUUUCUCAGGCAUUUUUUAAGAGUGUGUUUUGCUGUUUUAGCCUUUGGCGUGUAGACUAAUCACUCCAGUCACUGAUUUAAACUCUUGGGAAAUUGCAGGGAUAUACAGCUUUGAUGAUUUUAUUAAUUUUUUUUUCUCCUUUCUUUCUCAAUUCUCAGCUGUUGCACGCUAACCACACUCUGUUUCCUAUCCACAGCAUGUCUCUGCAUGACUGAACUGUCCAUAGCACAGAUUUUUAUCAAGUAGUUUUCCAUGUACAAAGGUGGCCUCCCCUGUGAAUUCAUUUGUUUUCCCCCUUUUUGUGAAACAUGCAAGCAUUUUUUUUGUGAUGUACUUCAACACACCUUAAAAUGACUUAUAUACAUUUUCUUUUCUAUAAGGUGUCCAUUUGAAAUGUAAACAAUCUAUUUUUUGUUGCAUACAUAGACAUAAAUACAAUAUACAUGUGUUAAUGUUUGUAAAAUGGAUGCAUACAGUAUCAUAAUCAACUCAAGCUUAUUGGGUUUCUGCCUUGCUUAAUUUGCUUCUUUCUGCUACCCUGAUUACCCUUUAAUUACAGGCUUUUGUACGUAUUUUAUAAGAGAAAUAUUAAAUAAAAAAAUCACACAGCAAUAAUUAACAAGCAGGAAUUGUGUAAUUUUCAAGCCAUUCUUUAUCAUUGUUAUAAAUGUUUCCUUUAAAUGUUUUGAAAUGGAGACGUGUGAUUUUUAAUUGAAAUGUCUCCAAAGUAUUAUAUUGUUUGAACUCUUGAUCUAUCCAUUAACCGUUCUCUGUCUGGUAUUUUACUAAUGGUUUAAUCAGGGUAUUCAGGAUUAAAAUGGAAUCAACAGAGACAAAACUGGUAUGAUAUUCAGUGAGAAUGUCCAUGUAUGUGUGUUUUUUUUUUAACAGUGUUUUGUCCUGUCCUGUUGUUUGUUAGACUUGGACUGAGUCUGUUUUUUGGCGAUUUUGCAUUCUAGCAGAAUGUCUCGCAAUGAACGGCUGUGCUUCUAAGAUGAUUUAAGUUUUAAGAUGUGGAGUUUAAAGUUGACCCCUGGUGUUAUCUUCUCUUUUCUGUGUGUAGCAUACACACAUUCAUGAUAACAGAUUAUGUCAAUGUAUGUAAACUCAUGUAGAUAACGCCCAGGCUUCAUCUUCCAGAGGAUGCUAUGCUGUUGGUGACUGUGUUGUCUUCGUUAUUGAUGAAAAUCUCAUUGGUUACUCUGUAUCCAGUUUUGUUUCUUUCUUUUUCUUCCCUCACUCAUAGAAACACACAUAUAUAAAUAUACUGUAGAGGUAUAUGAAAUUUUAAAUGAGAGAGAAUAUGUUUUG